CGCGGAGCGCGUUCUUACCGGGGGAGCGCGUGAGUGACUAGGUUGUGUGGUUGUACGCGUGUGUGUGUUUGCAUUCCCUCGCGAGCGCAGCACACUUCCUUUCUUAAAUUCUUGUCCUAAAUUGUAGGCAGAUUAUAAAAUCCAAUCUGUAGCGUAUUUUCUAGCGACUUGUUCCUCAACCAGCGAAAAUCAUGUCAGCCUCAGCGGCUAAAGUGAGUAAAAAGGAGCUGAACUCUAACCAUGACGGAGCGGAGGAGACCUCUGAAAAAGAGCAACAGGAAGCCAUCGAACACAUUGACGAAGUACAGAAUGAAAUUGACAGACUUAAUGAGCAAGCAAGCGAGGAAAUAUUGAAAGUUGAACAGAAAUACAACAAACUCCGUCAGCCAUUCUUUCAGAAGAGGUCAGAACUGAUCGCCAAAAUCCCCAACUUCUGGGUCACAACUUUCGUCAACCACCCUCAAGUCUCUGCUCUGCUUGGUGAAGAGGAUGAGGAGGCACUUCAUUAUCUGACCCGGGUGGAGGUGACUGAGUUUGAAGACAUCAAGUCAGGAUACAGAAUAGAUUUUUACUUCGAUGAAAAUCAGUACUUUGACAACAAAGUUCUUUCCAAAGAGUUCCACCUGAACGAAAGUGGGGACCCAACUUCAAAGUCUACAGAAAUCAAAUGGAAAUCGGGAAAGGACCUCACAAGUCGGUCUGGGCAGACGCAGAACAAGGCCGGCAGGAAGAGGCAACACGAGGAGCCAGAGAGCUUCUUCACCUGGUUCACCGACCAUUCCGACUCAGGGGCUGACGAGCUUGGCGAGGUCAUCAAGGAUGACAUUUGGCCCAAUCCCCUGCAGUACUACCUGGUGCCUGACAUGGAUGAUGAGGGUGAGGGGGAAGAUGAUGAGGAGGAUGAGGAGGGUCUGGAAGACAUAGACGAGGAGGGUGAAGAUGAUGGAGAAGAGGAUGAGGACGAAGAAGAUGGGGAUGAUGGAGAGGAUGACGACGGGGAGGACGACUAGAGCCGAAAAUACCGGACGCUCCUCCCCCUGCACCCUCCUCCUCUCCCCCCCCCCCCACUUGAUUUCUCCAGCAUUUUUUCUGUUUUGUUUUUCUCAAGAGCAGGAUGCUAUCUCUCUCUCUGUUUAUUUUGUGCUCCUCCUCUCCUUCUCCGUUGAACCACCUCCCCAGACGGUGCCAUGUCCAAGGUUGCCCCUCCCCUCCUUCCUCCUUGACGGACUCAUAAUAAACUGACUGCUAAAUCCCGCCUCCAAGGCACUCUCACCAUCUCAGUCCCCAGAUGUAUUUGAGGUAAACGACAAACUUAGUGUCAGCACGUCAUCUGGACCGGAUCAACCAAUAAAUAGCAAUUUAUAUAUAUGUACAAAUAUGUAUAAUUUUCUUCCUGUAAAAGGUUGUGUGGAGAGAGGAGGAAAAACAAUGAUCAAAAGCCAUGGCGCAGUGAACUGCUAGAUUUAGCGUUUCACAGGUUUGUUUUCCUUUUCCACUCGAAAGGCAUUAGAGCCCUUCCAAAUGUCUUUUCCUGUCAUGUGGUUUAACAAUAGUCAUUACCAGCUCAUUCCUGUCACCUCUUGUAACAUUGUUUUGAGGUCAUUUUUUGGGUGGGAUGGGGUCUUUGAAGGUUGUGUAUGGGAAGGGUGGGUUUGACACCAUUAUUUUGAGUUUUGUUUUUGAUUUUUAACUGUAUUGUUUUACAGACAUCCACAAGAUUUGAAAUGACUUUUUGAUAAAGAAAAUAAAACUAAAACGGGAAAAAAAGAUGCCUUUCGGCCCCACUGCCUCAGCAAAAUUAAUUGGAAGCUACCGCUAAUCUACUUGAUAUUUACACAGGGGUUUAACCUACAAAAUGUUUGAAAGUUACUUUGGUAAAAUAAAAGUAAAUGUUGACACA